CGGGCGGGUAAUCGCCUGCCAGACCACUCGCGUCCAACACCUUGGUCCCGAAACGAGAUCUCGUGUCUCUGCCUGUGUCUCUCUUGGGGACUCCCACUUUCCUUGCGACGUACACAUCGAGGUACCGCACCGUACCGGGCCUCCAACUUGCCACGGGAACGACGCCAACUGCGUCCCAGCUUCGACGUGCAAGUGGCAUAUCUGGCAAAGGUAUGAAAUCAUCAACCCUUUUUCCCGGAUCAUGAAUUUCCACACCAUGGCAGGUGUUGAGAAGCCGCCCCUGCCGAUGCGGCCUGCGAACGAGGCAAGAAUGAACGAGACCUGCCAAGAGGGUGAUCCGUUCUAUUGUUUCCUGCUUCAGGGAACAUUGCUAUACUACCCCGUGGUGUUGUUGCUAGUCUUCGUCAUCUCGGCCGCGACACACAGCAUAUUGACGACACCGAAAGAAGAUGCGGACGAAGAGCCUCUGGGCCCAGGCGGUAAGCGACUACCCGUGUCGAAGAAGAAGAAGCGCCGCGAUGGGGAGGAACCCAAACGCAAGCAAUAUGGCCCGAUAAUUUCACCUACUUCCCGAUCAUGGCUCACCUGGAUCUCCGGCGUUGUACUCUUGACAUUCGUCGCCAAUGCUGUCGCUCACUUCAGCUACGUUAUGGAAGAACUCGAGGGCAUCAUCAAGGGACAUAAGGAAUCCCAAUCCAUGACCGUGUACCUCAUUGGAUCGCCGAACCUUUACCUAUACCUCAUCACGACGCUCUUUGAGUGGAACGAAAGUCCGACGAUAGCUCACUUCCUCACCUGGACUCUUUCUCUGAUUGGCGAAUUGGUCAUUUGCGUCUGCACUCUGCUCAAGGCCGGGAACCCGAGAUUUUCAAGCGACGGAACAACCGAAGUCGAGAUCCGAAAGCUGCAUAUAUCUAAGUGGGACUUGACCGACGUCGUUCUUUACAUCAUCCGCAUCGCCCUUACGUUGUGUAUGCUAAGUAUCUACUCGGCUGCUUGGAUCCAUAUGCCCAAACAAGAGGAGGAUAAAGUUGAACAGCAAAACACAUCUCAAGGUGCCGAGGAAACGACGCCUUUGCUUAACGGUCAUCGGACGUCAUACAGCAGCCAAAACGGCCGGGACUUGAAUGGUCGAUCAGUACGAAGCUCUAGGAAUGGAAGUACCGUCGGCAACACUAAUGGCGCGGCCGAAGGUGGUAACAUCACCAAGGACUACAAGGAGCCCGGCUUCUAUCGACCUGACAAAGCACCGCAAACGACGUGGUGGGGCUACCUGCGAAGCUACAAGGUGUUCUUUGACUAUCAGUGGCCUAAGAACUCUCUACACCUGCAGCUUCUCUAUGGACUCUGUGUGCUUCUCUUGUUAGCACAGCGUGCCAUCAACCUGGCUGUGCCAAUCGUUGUUGGAUGGCUCACCGAGAAGCUGACCCUUGCAGAGGCACCUUGGGUUGUUCUGGGACUGCUUAUCUUCCUUCGGCUCAUGCAAGGAGGAGGCAUGCUUCUGGAUGCGUCGCGAGCCAUCUUAUGGGUACCAAUCUCACAAAACUCGUACAGGGCUUUGACGACAGCAGCAUUCGAGCACGUCCACUCCCUCAGCCUCGAUUUCCACCUUGGCAAGCGCACCGGCGAAGUUUUGUCCGCUCUCAACAAAGGCGCGUCUAUCAAUUCCUUCCUUGAGCAAGUGACGUUCUCGGUGGCUCCCAUGAUCCUCGAUCUGUUCUUAGCCGUUGUGUUCUUCUGCUGGUACUUCGACGCGACCUAUGGCGCUAUAGUGAGCUGCCUGACCUUCUGGUACCUAUUCCUCACCAUUAGGAUGGCACAGACACGGGCAGACCAGCGAAGGCUCAUGUCCAAUGCCGACAGAGAAGAAGAGGCCGUCAAGAAUGACUCUAUUACGAGCUACGAGACGGUCAAAUAUUUCAACGCUGAGCAGUGGGAGUUUCAACGAUACCGCAACGCUAUCCAGGCAUACCAGGAUGCUGAGAAGCAGGUCACGUGGGGCGUGAACAAGAUGAACGUCAUCCAAGCCUUGGUUUUCAUGGCUGGAUUUACUGUGGUCAUGGUCUUCGGAGCCUAUCAAGUCAACCGUGGAGGAAUGGACGUUGGCAGGUUCCUGACUCUCAUGACCUUCCUCAACCAGUUGCAGGCACCUCUGAACAUUUUUGGAUCCUUUUAUAGGACCAUCCAACAGUCAAUGAUCUCGGGCGAGCGUCUUCUGGAGCUCUUCAAAGUUAAGCCCACCGUGGUCGACGGCUCCGAGGCCAAGCCCUUGCUUGAAUGCAACGGCAACAUCCGAUGGAACAAAGUAGCGUUCAAUUACGAUCCAAAGAAUAAGGCUCUGAAGGAUCUCGACUUCGAAUGCAAGCCUGGCACCACCACAGCGUUUGUGGGCGAAUCUGGCGGAGGAAAAUCAACUGUUUUCCGCCUCAUGUUCCGGUACUACAAUACAUCUUCUGGAAGCAUCGAGAUUGACGGCCAGGAUGUCAAGGACCUUACUAUUGAUUCGGUCAGACGUUACAUUGGAGUCGUCCCUCAGGAUACCACAAUGUUCAACGACACCCUGAUGUACAACCUCAGAUACGCCAACCAGUCAGCCACUGACGAA